AACGCCAUUCAUUCCUUCACUCAGAUUCCACACAUCAUCACUAUUCAAGUAGCAUUCAUUCAUUAGUCAUUACCACAUUCGAAACAUGGCGUCGGAGAAAAGCAAGAUUCUGGUGAUUGGAGGGACUGGUUACAUGGGAGGAUUCAUUGUUGAAGCUAGCGCUAAAUCCCGUAACCCAACGUUUGUUCUUGUCCGAGAAGCGUCUCUUUCAGAUCCCGUCAAGUGGAAAACCAUCCAGAGUUUUAAAGAUCUCGGUGUCACAAUACUACACGGAGAUUUGAAUGAUCAUGAGAGCUUAGUAAAGGCCAUCAAACAGGUCGAUGUGGUGAUAUCAACCGUUGGAAGCAUGCAAAUGUUGGAUCAAACCAAGAUAAUUUCCGCCAUUAAAGAAACCGGUAACGUUAAGAGAUUCUUGCCGGCUGAGUUUGGGGUAGACGUGAAGAGAACCAGUGCCGUUGAGCCGGCAAAGUCAUUUUUUGCAAGGAAGGUACAGAUAAGGAAAGCCAUAGAAGCUAAAGGAAUACCAUACACCUACGUUGUUAGCAAUUGCUCUGCCGGGUUUUACUUGCGUACAUUAGUUCAGUUCGAGUCUAGUCUCAUUUCUCAUACUAGAGACAAGGUUAUCAUCUUUGGCCACGAAAAUGUUCCUCCUAGAGACAAAGUCACCAUUUUAGGCGAUGGAAGUGCCAAAGUUGUAAUCAACAAAGAGGAAGAUAUUGCUGCUUACACAAUCAGGACAGUGGAUGAUCCAAGGACUCUCAACAAAACCCUCUACAUAAGACCUCCUAAGAACACUUUAUCGAUGAACGAAAUGGUCACGUUGUGGGAGAAAAAGAUCGGCAAGUCUCUUGAGAAGACUCACAUCUCAGAAGAUCAAAUCCUUAAAAGCAUCCAAGUUCCGAUGGAUGUUUUUAAGUCGAUAAACCACGCGGUGUUUGUCAGAGGAGAUCAAACCAAUUUCACCAUAGAGCCUUCGUUUGGUGUGGAAGCCUCUGAGCUUUACCCUGAUGUCAAGUACACGAGUAUUGAUGAGUAUCUCAGCCAAUUCACUUGAGAUGUACAAUUUCAUAAAAGCACACAUUCGCCAAUACAAUGACGUCAGUUACAUGUCUGUUACAAUAAUAAGGAUUCUCGUAUAUAUAUAGAAGUAACGUGUGUGUACUGUGGCUACUCAAGCAAAAUGAUAGUAUAUCUCCGUA